AUGGCCGAGCAGAAUGCCUCCUCGCAGCCCAGCCCCUGCGAUCUGUCCUGGAGCCGGCACCUGACUGGACUCUAUGUGAUGGUGCUCGUUGGCGGGCUGGCCGGCAUCGUCUGCAUCCUCUUCGUCCUGGCGAACAUGAACACGCGGUCGGUGACCACGACGGCCGUCAUCAAUCUGGUGCUGGUGCAUGGCGCCUUCCUGGUCACGGUGCCCUUCCGCCUCGUCUACCUGGCGCGCGGGGAGUGGUACUUCGGGCUGCCCUUCUGCAAGGUGGUGAGUGCCACGCUGCACGUGCACAUGUACCUCACCUUCCUCUUCUACGUGGGCAUCCUGGGCGUGCGCUACCUCGUCUUCUUCAAGCACAGAGACAAGAUGGAGUUCUACCGCAAGCUGCACGCCGUGGCCGCCAGCGCGGCCUUGUGGCUGCUCGUGGCGGUCACCAUCAUCCCGCCGCUGCUCAGCCGCUAUGGCUCUCACGGCACCUACAACGCCACGCAGUGCUUCGAGUUCCAGGGAGAGCUGAAGGAGAACUCCGUGAAGGUGGUCAACUACGUGGUGGCCGCUGGGGUCAUCGCCAUCGCCUUCAGCCUCCUGGGCCUCCAGGGGGUCAUCAUGGCGUCCAUGGGGAAGAGGCUGCGGCGCGCCUGCCUGUCCCAUCAAGAGUUCUGGGCGCAGCUCAAGAACCUCGUCUUCCUUGGCGUCAUCUUCGUCUGCUUCCUCCCCUACCAGUUCUUUCGGCUGUACUACCUCCGGGAGCACGCGGCCAAAGACUCCUGCCAGCGGGCGGCCACCUACAACGAGCUCUUCCUGAGCUUCACGGCUGUCAGCUGCUUCGACCUGCUGCUCUUUGUCCUCGGGGGGAGCCACCGCUUCAGGCAGAACCUCAUCGACUUCCUCAGUUGUCUCUCAUGCCGUUAG